CGCCGCGACCACCGACACCGAGAGACUUCGCCGCCGUUAAACCACCAGUGAGAAGCUUAACGAAGCGACUUGAAUGAAGAGGAGACAGAAGAAACUGACGAUAAACAAUGAGUUGGAUUUGUCAGAUGCAGUGAUUGUGAAAUCAGGGAGAUUGAAAUCAGUUGUGUGGAAUGAUUUUGAUAGAGUGAGAAAAGGUGAGACAUUCAUUGCAAUUUGUAGGCAUUGUAAGAAGCGGCUUAGCGGCUCGAGCGCGAGCGGGACUUCGCAUUUGAGGAACCAUUUGAUUAGAUGUAGGAGGAGAAGUAAUGGUAGUAACAACGGUGUUGAGCAGUAUUUCGUUAGAGGGAAGAAGAAAGAGCUAGCGAAUGAGCGGAGAAAAGAUGAAGAAGUGCUUAGUGUAGUGAAUAGAUAUGAAAAUGAGAAAGAACAUGAUGAUGUUAAUGUUGUAAGUACUGGUUUGGAUCAGAGGCGGUGUCGGUUUGAUUUAGCAAGGAUGAUUAUCUUACAUGGAUAUCCGUUGAGUAUGGUUGAAGAUGUUGGAUUCAGAAUGUUUAUUGGGAAUUUACAGCCUUUAUUUGAGCUUGUUGCGUUUGAAAGAGUUGAAUCUGAUUGUAUGGAGAUUUAUGCGAAAGAGAAGCACAAGAUUUUCGAAGCGUUGGAUAAGUUACCUGGAAAGAUUAGUAUUAGUGUCAAUGUGUGGAGUGGUUCGGAUGAUUUUGAUGAGUUCUUGUGUUUGGCAGCGCAUUAUAUUGAUGAAACAUGGGAACUGAAAAAGAGAGUUUUGAACUUCUUCAUGGUUGAUCCAUCUGAUACUGGUGAAAUGCUUGCUGAAGUUAUAAUGACAUGUUUAAUGGAGUGGGAUAUUGACCGGAAGUUGUUUUCUAUGGCGUCUAGUCAUUCUCCUCCGUUUGGUGAAAACGUAGCUAACAAAAUCAGAGACCGGUUAUCGCAGAACAAGUUCCUCUACUGUUACGGGCAAUUGUUUGAUGUGAGCUGUGGAGUUAAUGUCAUUAACCAGAUGGCUCAAGAUUCCCUGCAAACUUGUUGUGACAUAAUAAACAUGAUUCGAGAGAGCAUUAGGUAUGUUAAAAGCUCAGAAUCUAUUCAAGAUAGAUUCAAUCAGUGGAUAGUUGAAACUGAAGCUGAAAGUGAAAGGAACCUAUGCAUUGAUGACCCAACGAGGUGGGACUCAACAUGUACCAUGCUGGAGAUUGCCUUGGAGCAAAAGAGCGCGUUUUCACUCAUGAAUGAACAUGAUCCUGAUUCCGUGUUAUGUCCAUCUGAUUUGGAAUGGGAGAGAUUAGGAACAAUUGUUGAGUUCUUGAAAGUCUUUGUUGAAGUGAUAAAUGCAUUCACAAAGAGCAGUUGUUUACCAGCCAAUAUGUACUUCCCAGAGGUAUGCGAUGUACACCUCCGGUUAAUUGAAUGGACCAAGAACCCGGAUGAUUUCAUUAGCUCUCUAGCUGUAAACAUGAGAAAGAAAUUCGACGAUUUCUGGGAAAAAAACUACCUGGUUCUAGCCAUUGCUACCAUAUUAGACCCGCGGUUCAAAAUGAAGCUGGUUGAAUACUAUUACCCUCUGUUUUAUGGUACUAGUGCUUCAGAGCUCAUUGAAGAUAUUUCUGAGUGCAUCAAAGCGCUGUACGAUGAGCAUUCUGUAGGAUCGCUAUUAGCAUCGUCAGAUCAAGCCCUUGGUUGGCAGAAUCAUCAGCAUCGGUCAAACGGUGUUGCCCAUGGGAAAGAGCCUGAUGAUAGACUCAUGGAAUUCGAUAGGUACAUUAACAAUACAACUACUACACCGGGUCAAGACUCUAAAUCGGAUCUAGAAAAGUAUCUAGAAGAGCCGCUUUUUCCCCGGAAUUCAGAUUUCGACAUCCUAAACUGGUGGAAAGUUCACACACCGAAGUACCCAAUUCUCUCCAUGAUGGCACGUAACGUGUUAGCGGUUCCAAUGUCGAAUGUAUCAUCAUCAGAAAACGCCUUUGAAACUUGUCAAAGGAGACAGGUUAGUGAAACCUGGCGUUCGCUUAGACCAAGUACCGUGCAGGCCUUGAUGUGUGCACAAGAUUGGAUCCAAAGCGAAUUGGAAAGCACUUGAAAUUCUCGAUUCAUCUGAUUUUGAUCUGAGUUUUUUUAUUUUAGAUUAGAUCUCAGCUCCAGCUUGUCUGUUUAUUGUCUGUACCUCUCCACAACAGUUGUUUUAGUCAUAUUUAUAUCUACGUAGCUAGGGCUUUCGCUGUGUAACAGGAUCAUCAUUUCUCUGUACAAAGUUGGCUUCAAUAAGGUUCGGUGAUAGAG